AUGUCCUCCACCGCAGUCACGAAGCCGCAAUCAAAGGAAGUCUACCAGACCCCGGACGGCUCUGGAGUCAUCGAAGAGAAGGAGGCUAGUUCGAAGGCCUCGGCUAGCGCCGGCCUCAAUUUGAACGUUUUCGGCGCAGUGGCUGGCAUGUUAUCCAGUAAAUCUUCAAAGUCGACCGAUGAAGAUGGGAGCAUUGUCGAGACUCGAGAAAACCAGGCCCAAGCCCAAGGGGCUGCAGCGGGUAAUCUUAAUGCCCGGGCAGCGGCAGAUGCGGAGCAACAUGGCCGCCAGAUGCGAGCUGCCAUCGAAGAGCGGAAUGGUUCAUAG